AUGCCUGCUCAGAACGAGAAGAAGGGCAAGGUUCUCCUCGCCUACUCUGGUGGUCUUGGUAUGUUGCCCAUGGGUUACGAGGUUGCCGCCUUCAUGGCCGAUGUGGGCCAGGAGGAGGACUUCGAGGCUGCCCGCAAGAAGGCCAUGGACUGCGGUGCCGUCGACUUCUUCCUUGUCGACCUCAAGCGCGAGUUCGUCGAGGAGAUCAUCUACCCCGCCGUCCAGUGCAACGCCAUCUACGAGGGUGUCUACCUCCUCGGUACCUCGCUUGCCCGUCCCGUCAUUGCCCGUGGCAUGAUGGAGGUCGCCAAGCGUGAGGGCUGCGACUACGUCUCGCACGGAUGCACCGGAAAGGGCAACGACCAGGUCCGUUUCGAGCUCGCCUACUACGGUCUUGACCCCAACAUCAAGGUCAUUGCCCCGUGGCGUGACCCCACCUUCUACGAGCGCUUCGCUGGCCGCUCGGCUCUUCUCGAGUACGCCGCCAAGAACGGCAUCCCCGUCACCCAGACCCAGGCCAAGCCCUGGUCGACUGACGAGAACCUCUUCCACAUCUCGUACGAGGCCGGUAUCCUCGAGGACCCGGACCAGACUCCCCCCGAGGACAUGUGGAAGCUCACUGUCGACCCCCGCAAGGCCCCUGAGACCCCCGAGAAGGUCAACAUUGAGUUCACCAAGGGUAUCCCGACCAAGGUCACCUUCCCCGCCGACGGCCGUGUCGUUACCGACGCCGUCGAGAUCUUCCUCGCCCUCAACCAGCUCGCUCGCAAGCACGGUGUCGGCCGUAUCGACAUUGUCGAGAACCGUUUCAUCGGCGUCAAGUCGCGUGGAUGCUACGAGUCGCCCGCCGGCACCAUCCUCCGUGUCGCCCACAUGGACCUCGAGGGCAUGACCCUUGACCGCAACGUCCGCGCCCUCCGUGACCAGUUCGUCACCAUUGCCUUCUCCAACAUUCUCUACAACGGCUUCUUCUUCUCCCCCGAGCGCGAGUUUGUCACCGCUGCCAUCCCUGCCUCGCAGAAGACCGUCAACGGUGUCGUCCGUCUCGCCGUCUACAAGGGCAACGUCAUUGUCGAGGGCCGUGACGCCGACGAGGGCCUGUACGACGCCAAGUUCUCCUCCAUGGACGAGCUUGGUGGCUUCGAGCCCACUGCCACCUCGGGCUUCAUCGAGAUUGAGUCGAUCCGCAUUAAGGCCUGGGGCCGCGCCAACAAGAAGCGCGGCCAGGACGGCCUCACCCCCAAGGACGUCUACCACCGCGACUAA